AUGUGCAGGCUGCGAGGGGGCCGCGCACAAACAGAACGAGGGGGUUUCGAGGAGGGGGGAAUCAGAAGUCAAGGGGGGCCGGGCGCAGGGGAAUGUGAGCGGAAUGAGCGGGACGGAGGGUCUUCUCAGGGGGUCAUUGGGGCUUCCGCGCAUCCGCGCGCGCGCGUUUCCCCCGCGCGUGUUCCCGCCACCCCUGGGUCCGCCGUGCAAGUUUCCGCCAUGUUCUGGGAGGCCCUGCUUGGCGGCGGAGGCACGGGGGAAGGCGCGGAGGGGGUAGCGUUGGGGGAAGCGGCGCUGGGGGAAGUUGGGGGGAGAAACAAGUCGUAUGGCGGAGCACAGUGUGAGAGGGAAGAGUCUGAGGAAAGAGUGUGUGAGAAGAGAGUGUGCAGAGGAGGCAAGGCGGAGAGGUUUGAGCAGGACGCGGAGAAGGAAGCGUGGAUGGAAAUCGGCGGCACGGGAGACAUGGUGAGAGGGAGACAACGAGCAGCAGAUAUUCCCACAGCACCAGGCGUGGCUUGCACGCGAGGGAAUGGUGGUGCAGCAGCAAGGGCGGUGGCUUUUGAGGCGCCACGAACGGCGGCCGCGGCUUUGGAAGAGUCUCCGGAAGCUGUUGAGAUAGGCCGCGGAGCAGCGAGUGUUGAGGGAGAUGUUGUAGGCUCAGGAGGGAGCGGUGGGAGUGCAAGGGUGACCUUGUCUCAAGUGGCAGAUGUGAGUGGGAUGGCUGUAGUAAAAAGGGUGCGGGGGAGUGCAGGAGACAGGCUGGGUGCAGGCGGUGAUGGUGGUGGUGGUGGUGCUGCUGCUGCUGCUGCUUCUGCUUCUGCUGCUGGUGUGGGGCUUGGUCCAGGAUGGCAGGCGUGGCCGGAUGACUGUGCUGAGACGAUAGCCAUGGCCUGA